AUGAGGGUGCACUAUGCGAGAGCCCUUUUGCUUCUUUUUCAAAUAUGCCACGUCCUGGUAUUAAAUUUACCUGGAAGCAGUUUUGAUGUUAGCUAUAUGGGGCUAUUUGCUGCCAUCGACAAUGCCAGGCAAAAAUUCCUAUCAAAGACCUCCACCAAGUUGAGAGAAGCAGGAGUGACUUCGAGAUGGUACCAGGCAGGACGAUUGUGUUCCCCAAGAUGUUUAUUCCUAUUUGAAAAAUCGCCAUUGGGACGACGUCCUUCCAGUGGGAGCGAUGUUAAGAAGCUGGAACAUGCCUUGGAAGACCAGAUAUACAGAGUGUUAAGGAAAGCUCGUGUGGUCACGAAUCGGAGUGCUGAUUCAUUAUUUUCUGUGCCGAAGAAUGAUGAAUUUGUUUACGUCCUAACUCAUGAGGACGGACAUGGUGAAGACAGACUUGCCAAAGCAAUCCGUGACCUGGUGACAUCGUGCCAAAAAUUCAAUGCCAAUUUAAAAGACGACGAUCCAUUUGGAAAUUUUGGAAAAAAUCCAUACAUACAAGGAGAAGAAGUAUGUUUAACUAUCAAUCCAAAUCGUGAUGAGUUCCAUGUCAGAAACUUUGCAGAGUUUUUGCAAAAACAUAUUGAUACUGCUCUUGGACCAGGUUUCGAAGACAAUGUUGGCAAAUAUGCUGCCAGCACUCCUAUUAUUUUUGAAGUUCCUAAAUUGAAAACAUGGUGCACUGCAGUUUCUAAGCUGUUCACUUUAUAUUACGGAGGUUCCAGGAUGUCAAGUCCUGAUGGAACCGAGAAAAGACUUCCCGAAAGCAAAAAUGUUGCUGAACUACUUGAUAUUCUUCGAGAUUACCUGAACCCAGAUAUCAAAUUUUCUGAAGCUCGUUGUGCUAAAGUUCUGCCUGUUGCAAAAGCUCUAUACUUGGAGGGUCUUCCAUCCCAUUACGGAAGAGCACAGCACACAACUCGCUUAAAUGCAGCCCUUCAAACCUUACAUGCACAUGCAAGGGGGCCCUGUACAUCUAAAUAUGUAAAGACUUUAGUUAAAUAUGCUUUGGCACAUUGGAGAGACGGCAGAAGACAAUGUGAGGCUCCCAGCUUAACCGGACAACUUUGUCAACGACCUAGACUUGCAGCAAAAUCGUUAUGCGAGCACAACAGCGGCUACGUGACCUUAGGGGUGUGCGACUGCGGCAGGACUCCUGGUCGAAGAGAGGAUCCUUACUCUUUGAGAGCCGCCAAUUUCGAUCACUAUGCAUCACUAGCCACGGAUUGUCCUUGCUGCGGAAGCGACAAAGUCAAACGGAUCACCUUUCCUGUGUUUCAACCAUCAACUGAUGAUUAUAGGGCCGCUCAGUUAUUCACAACACAUUCGACAAAACCAAAAGGAAGCAAGGCUCAGCACAAUCCUUCCAAACAGUCGAGUUCGGGUAACAGCAUGUCCUCGUCCAUGAAGAAGUUGAGGAACGAGGUUCGAGGCGGUGGCGGUACUUCUUCACAUCCUUCGGAAAUAGGAGGCGUCGUCCGAGGCGAUGAACGUUCUACGCCUUCUGCAAGGCUGUUGGAGGAUUUCGACAAUGGUGAGGAGGAUGACGAUGUCGAAGACGACGAGGAGGAGGAUGUCGGGGAUGAUGAUAGCAAGUCUGUUUCUUCAGAUGAUGGUUCUGCUGAUAAGAAAACCGAUGUCCAUUCAGGAGGCGUCAACGAGAUCAUAAUACAAGUUUCAGAAAAUGGUGAUGGAGAUCAAACUAAAGAAAAAGGUCUUGUAAGGCAACCGAGCACCACUGAGUAUUUACCUGGCAUGCUGCACAUGCAAAGCCCACCAGGAUUGUUACCACAAUUUCCGAGCUGGUCUUUGGUUUGUCUCGGAGCAAGUUCUCUGUACAGUCACAAUUUAGGUUUAUCAGAAGCCCAGCAUCCUGGUUUCAUCCAAGGCACCAAUUUUUUGUUGCCUUGGGAUGUGACAGUGAGAUUGGAAACUGCUGCGGCCAAUUCGGCAAUGGCCAAUUGGCCCUAUUCGAAUGAUAGGCGGAAAGGAGCUGGGCGACACGGAGGGAAACAUCACGGGAGCAAAUAUUAUGGUUCUCAAUCCGGCAGCAACGUCCAUAAAGGCAACGAGUUCAUCGUGAAGAUUUUUGUCGGAAUGGAAUACGAAUGUCCAAGGGGUCACAGAUUUAUGAUGUCGACUUCAGAAAAAAUCUUGAGGGCAACCACAGGUUUGGUUAAGGAGUCCGGCAGUCGCGUUGCAGGCUCCGACAUGCCCCUUUUUCACGAAUGCCCAUGUUCAUCGCCCAAACAAAUGUUCGUUGCUCAACUUAUGCGAGUGCAUGUUGUCACUCCGAAAGCACCUGUGCAUGUCACUUUGGACCCCAAAGUCCAAACGGCUUCCAACUGUUCUUCAAUCCCCGGCCCCAUUUUCAUAACCGGCGUUCCCGACGGCGGCGCGCGUCUGUCGCAGAGCGCCUACUGGGUGCUCCGCCUGCCCUAUGUUUACCAUGCCGACGGGGGCCGCAGUUCGCCUUCUCACGAAGCAGCCUUCUAUUCGACUGGUGUGAUGGCCAGGACGCCACCAGGAGGACGCCUGUUGGCUGGAAUGUUCGGGAUUGCAGAGAUGGAGAAGGGUACUGCUGCAGAGUAAUGGAUC